CCUAGCGAACCGCAGCAACGUGGCGCGCGUUUGGUAAACGGCGUCGCUUUGCAGUCUCGGUCGUCUCUUGCAAAUCUGCCAUUGGAUUUUGGCGACUACAAGACUUUGAAGAUGGAUUGUAACCUCGGUUCCACGCCGAUCACAUUCAGAUGGAGGGGUUUCAGUUCCGGCAACUUCUCUGGCGUCUUUGUUCGUGCUAUGGGCUCAACUCAACCUAUCGCCUCCAUCGCCUUAUCCUCUCUCGCAGCUCUUACUUUCAGUCAUCUGUCUGCUACUUCUUCUUCUUCUUCCACUUUAAAGGUUACAGUUUAUUUGGAAAACCCAGAAUCUAAAAAUGGCCAGACCAUUUCAUUUGCAGGGAUCAAAUGCAAUGUUGCUUCUGCUGCUGGUGGUAUUACCGGUGGAUCCAGCCGGCAAGAAACGGGCGUUUGUAGGUGUGGGAACAACACUAGCGCACCUCUUACUUAUUGCAACCCUCGUGGCAAGAAGCAAUCUCCUCCUACUAUACAUUCUUCCACCACUGCAAUGAAAGAAGAAACCAAGGGUAAGAAGUCUACUCCGCCACCACAGUGGGAGACGGAGUCUGGUUCAGCUUGGUGA